AUGGAGGUUGCGCUCAAGAGUACGACUGAGCGUCUCUUAAGUUCAGCUUUGGCUGGGGUCACGCAGAGCACCACCGCAGGUCCGCCUUCCAAAACAGAGUGCACUCUGGUGCAAAAGAAGCGUGGCUUCAACGUGUUCAGAUUUGAGUACCUGAAAUGUCAGGUCGUCUCAGAUCCCGCCAGCGGCAGGCCUUCUGAGAGCUGGCCGACGCCCGGUUGCUUCCGCCCACCUCAAGCAUCUAGUGCUCCAUGCACUACAGCAGGUGUGCGUAGAUCUGUCGAAUGAAGUUGUGCAUGAAGUGCACAUCGGAGGGUCAACAUCUAGGUCUGCUUUCAAGAACUGAGCCAUCCUAUGAGAUCUGCUAAGAACAUGGAGCAGAUGGCACAAGAAGGACAGGGUAUAAGCUUGAGCUGUAUCACAGCGGAUGAAAAGUAGCACCAUUGGCUAUUCAAAUCUUGCCGUGGAUCAUCGUUGACACUCGGGUGCGUUGCCAGCCCCUCGACCGGAAUAGCGCCGCCGUUGGUCAAUGUAAACGUAGUCAUCCAGAGCGUGUCCAGUGAAAGAUAAUACGACUUAGCAAGCAUAUGCUUCGAUCGUUUGAAAUGCGGAGCACAUCAC